AUGGCAAGGGAAAAAGGAAAGACUCCAAAUAUUGAGGAGUUUGAGCAAGCCCGAGAGGCAACACCGCCUGGACCAAUGAUUACUUUGGGAUGGAACUGUCGGGGGCUUGGGAACCCCUGGUCAGUUCAAGUGUUGCGCGAACUCAUGCAACGUUGGAAGCCCAAAAUUGUCUUCCUGAUGGAGACAAAAAUGAAGAAAUAUCAGAUGGAAAAAGAGAAAUUUAAAAUUGGUUUGUUGAACGGUCUAAUUGUUCCUAGUGUGGGGAGGAGUGUGGAUUUAGCCAUGUUAUGGAGUAGAGACAUAAAAGUGGAAAUUCAAGGCUAUUCAGGGAGUCGCAUUGAUGCAUUUGUGACUAAUUCAGAAUCUGGUUUUCAAUGGCGCAUUACGGGUUUUUAUGGAAAUCCUAAAACUCAUCAAAGAAAGGAGUCGUGGGAUCUAUUGAAAAGCCUUAGCCAAAAGUAUCAAUUGCCUUGGCUAUGCUUUGGUGAUUUUAAUGAAAUUGUGUCAGUGGAAGAGAAAUUGGGUGGGGUGCAAAGAUCUCAAAAACAAAUGGAUGAGUUUAGAGAGGCAAUACACCAUUGUAGGUUUAAGGAUCUAGGUUACUAUGGUCCUGAAUUCACCUGGUGUAAUAUGCAGGAGGAUGAGAGUAGAUUGUAUUUAAGGUUGGAUCGUGCUUUGGCUACUCCUGAGUGGGUUGAUCAUUACAAAAAUAUAAAAGUGCAUCAUUUGAUGGAAUCCACAUCUGACCAUUGUGCUUUGCUUAUAUCUGAUGAUAUUUUUGUUCAGAAGCAUUCCAAUCAACGUAGAUUUCAAUUUGAAGCGAUGUGGGCAAGAAGGGAGGAAUGCAAAAAUAUCAUCCAAGAAGUCUGGGAUGGCAGCCAAGAAUUAAAUUCUCCUAGUGGGAUAGCUGCUAGAUUGAGUCAUUGUGCUAAAAACCUCUCUAGAUGGAACAAAAUGGUGUUUGGGCAAAUUCCUAAGCAAAUUCAAAAGAAGAGGGAGAUUCUCAGUACUCUUGUCUGUAGAGAUAAAGAUGGCAGCUUAGGAAGUGAGAUUAAUGUGAUAAGAAAGGAGAUUAAUGAACUAUUGGAUAGUGAAGAAAUUAUGUGUCAUCAGAGAUCAAAGGUGCAAUGGUUAGGCCUUGGAGAUCGAAAUACGAAAUACUUCCACACCAAGGCUUCAGAUAGGAGAAGGAGGAAUACUAUCAACAGUAUUAUGGAUGAAAAUGGGAAUUGGCAUGAGUCUAUUGAUGGGAUUGUAGAAGUGGUUGUGUCAUAUUUCAAGAAUCUAUAUUCUACUUCUUAUCCAACUCACAUCUUGGAAGUCCUUGAUACUAUCCCAACUAAAGUCACUGAAGAUAUGAAUCAGCGCCUUAUUCAAGAGUUCACAAGGGAGGAAGUAGAGGCAGCUCUAAAACAGAUGCACCCAACAAAAGCCCAGGUCCGGAUGUAUUACUCCUUCGUGGGUCUCCGUCAAGGAGAUCCAAUUUCACCUUAUAUUUUUCUGUUGUGCACAGAUGGUUUUUCCUCUCUUAUUAAUAAUGCUGCCAUGAAUCAAAGAAUUAGUGGAGUAUCAAUAUGUAGAGGCUGUCCCAAGAUCACUCAUCUGUUUUUUGCAGAUGACAGCCUAUUAUUUUGUAAGGCAAAUAGUCAAGAAUGCCAAACUCUCAUUGAUGUGCUCCAGCUAUAUGAGGCUGCAUCGGGUCAGAAAAUUAAUGCAGAUAAAUCUUCAGUCUUUUUCAACAGCAAUACCCCGAAUGAUAGAAGAUGUGAAGUGCUGAAUAUGUUGGGUCCAAUGCAGGAUACCCAACACAAAAAAUACCUUGGCCUACCCUCAAUCAUUGAUAUAGCUAUGAAACUUGUUGAAUUGGGUACUUCCUGUGACUUGGAGGUUUUCUUUAGGGCUGCUUGGGCAAUAUGGUAUAAUAGGAAUAAAAUUGUGCAUGAGACCUCAAGUCAACAUCCGGACCAGAUUUGGUGUUUUGCUGAAAAAUAUAUUCGUGAGUUCAAAAGCGCCUCAAUAAUUUGCUCUCAAGGCUCUGCUAAGACAGAUGGGAAGUGGAUUGCACCUCCACCAGGUUAUGUUAAGAUUAAUGUAGAUGGUGCCACAUCUAAAAAUGAAAAGAACUCAAGUGUGGGGGUAGUUAUAAGGGAUGUAGAUGGUAAUGUUCUUGCUGCUUGUUGUAAAUAUCUUUAG